AUGGUUGAAUCGUUGCUUUCAUUUUCCAUUCUUCACUUUCUUCCAAGCUCCUCCGAUCCUCCUUACAAGGUUCUGGAAGAUCACCCAUGUCUGAGCCUCCUCGCGAAAUGCAACAACAUCCAAACACUGAAGCAAAUCCACUCCCUCAUCAUCAAGACUGGCCUCCAUAACACCAUGUUCGCACAGAGCAAGCUCAUCCAGUUCUGUGCCCUUUCCCCCUUUGGUGACCUCUCUUACGCUCUCUCGCUGUUCCAAGCCAUCUCAGAAAAAGAACCACCACCCAACCACUUCAUCUGGAACAACCUCAUUCGAGGGCACUCGUUGAGCCCAUCUCCCAUCUCCUCCAUACAUGUCUAUGCUCGCAUGCUGCAUUCUGGGGUGAAACCCAAUUCUUAUACUUUCCCUUUCCUCUUUAAGUCUUGCGCUAAAGCGAGUGCGACCCAUGAAGGGAAACAGGUUCACGCUCAUGUUCUCAAGCUCGGACUUCACUCUGACGCACACGUCCACACUUCGCUUAUACAUAUGUACGCCUGUGUUGGUGAAUUGGAUGAUGCACGUUUGGUGUUUGAUAAUAGUACUCUUAGAGAUGCAGUGUCUUUCACCGCUCUUAUCACUGGGUAUGUCUCUCAGGGUUAUGUGGAUGAUGCUCGACGCCUCUUUGAUCAAAUCCCCACCAAGGAUGUGGUGUCCUGGAAUGCCAUGAUUGCAGGGUACGUCCAAUGUGGUCGCUUUGAAGAAGCCUUGGCUUGCUUUAGCCAGAUGCAGGAGGCAAAUAUCUCACCAGAUCAGAGUACAAUGGUGACAUUACUUUCUGCUUGUGGUCAUUCAGGAUCGCUUGAGUUGGGGAACUGGAUCAGAUCUUGGAUUAGAAACAACGGGCUUGGCUCAAAUCUUCAGCUUACUAAUGCACUCAUUGAUAUGUAUUCCAAGUGUGGUGAAAUUGAUACGGCUCGUGAGUUGUUUGAUGGAAUAGAGGAAAGAGAUGUGAUUUCGUGGAAUACUAUGAUUGGUGGUUAUUCUUACUUGAGUUUCUACGAAGAAGCCUUGGCACUCUUUGAGCUCAUGCUUAGAUCGAAUGUAACGCCUAACGAUGUAACCUUCUUGGGAAUUCUUCCAGCUUGCGCUUGCCUUGGUGCUCUUGACCUUGGCAAGUGGGUUCAUGCCUAUAUUGAUAAAAACUUUAAGAGCAUGAGCAAUACUUCUCUUUUGACAAGUCUCAUCGACAUGUAUGCAAAAUGUGGCUGUAUUGAGGUGGCGGAACAAGUGUUUAGAAGUAUGCAUUGUAGAAAUUUGGCUUCUUGGAAUGCGAUGAUAUCAGGGUUGGCCAUGCAUGGACAUGCAGAGAGGGCUCUUGGGCUUUUGUCAGAGAUGGUCAAUGAGGGAUUCCAGCCCGAUGACAUCACAUUUGUUGGAGUAUUAUCUGCUUGUACCCAAGCUGGUUUGGUAGAUCUUGGACGCCAGUAUUUCAGUUCAAUGAUCCAAGAUUACAGAAUUUCACCAAAAUUACAACACUACGGUUGCAUGAUAGAUCUCCUUGCUAGAGCAGGGAAGUUCGAAGAAGCAAAUAUUCUGAUGAGAAAUAUGGAAACAGAGCCAGAUGGAGCUAUCUGGGGUUCUCUGCUUAAUGCUUGCAGGGUCCAUGGACAUGUUGAGUUUGGUGAAUAUGUUGCAGAACGCCUAUUUCAAUUAGAGCCCGAAAAUCCUGGGGCAUACGUGCUUUUGUCAAACAUAUAUGCAGGAGCUGGCAGAUGGAAUGAUGUAGCAAGGAUAAGAACCAGGUUAAAUGACAAAGGAAUGAAGAAAGUUCCCGGUUGCACUUCUAUAGAGAUUGAUGGGGUUGUUCAUGAGUUCCUUGUGGGUGAUAAGUUCCACCCCCAUAGUAAAAAAAUUAAUAAAAUGUUGGAUGAGGUAGAUAAGCUUUUAGAGGAGGCUGGGUUUAUGCCUGAUACUUCUGAGGUACUGUAUGAUAUGGAUGAGGAGUGGAAGGAAGGGGCUUUGAGUCAACACAGUGAGAAGUUGGCUAUUGCUUUCGGUUUGAUAAGCACAGAACCGGGGACUACGAUUAGGAUCGUGAAGAACCUUCGUGUUUGUGGAAAUUGUCAUUCGGCUACCAAGCUGAUAUCCAAGAUAUUCAAUAGGGAAAUAAUUGCAAGAGAUAGAAACCGUUUUCACCAUUUUAAAGACGGGUUUUGCUCAUGUAAUGACUGCUGGUGAAACUUAAA